AUGCAAAACAGGUAUCGCCCUCGGCCGGUCGCCACUGCGGACGGCAACGUCAAGACUCCCCUACAGCCAAAAUCUGUAAAUGUGCUGGAUCGACUCAUCAAACCAUUCAAAUGCCCCGGAUCAGCGACACAUACACGCGCAUCGGACAAGCCAGCACGGAAGAGAAGAAAGGUCAACUACGCAGAUGCAGACGGCAGCGUUGAGGAUGGCGCAGAAAAGGCAUACACAAACGAUGACCGUCUGGCGUUAGCAACUCGUGAAGUGAACAAAUUUCCCGUCUUCAAGCCGAAAGACUCGGAUACGGCAUUCAGACAGAGGUUUCGGGUCCCCCUCGUGAAUAAGAAUACUGGUGAAUACAAUGCUGGACGACCAGCUCCUACCCUCGGCAUGCGCCAAGGCGCCACAUUUGUUGCGAAGCCACUCCAUGACCCAAGUGGAGAGUUCGCAAUUGUUCUGUAUGAUCCAACGAUUGACGACGUUCCCGAGGAGGCUGAAUCAAAGCCAGAAGAGCCCAAGGAGCCAGCGGGGCCCAAAUUGGACGAGCCCUUGGUACAUAAGAGCCUGGCGGAUAUUUUGGGCAUUAAGAAGAAGGUUGAAGGAAGACCAAAGGUGCCCGUUGUGAUCGAUCCGAGGCUGUCAAAGAUCUUGCGACCGCAUCAGGUAGAAGGGGUAAAAUUCUUGUAUCGUUGUACGACUGGUCUGAUUGAUAAGAAUGCGAACGGUUGCAUUAUGGCAGACGGAAUGGGUCUCGGAAAGACAUUGCAAUGUAUCUCUUUAAUGUGGACACUACUGAAGCAAGACCCAGAGGCUGGAAAGACGACAAUACAGAAAUGCGUAAUCGCAUGUCCGUCCAGUCUGGUGGGUAAUUGGGCAAAUGAAUUGACGAAGUGGCUCGGCAAAGACGCAACAACCCCCUUUGCCAUUGACGGCAAGGCCACCAAAGCCGAGCUCACCUCGCAGAUCAAGCAGUGGGCCAUUGCCUCAGGUCGCAGUGUUGUGAGACCUGUGCUCAUUGUGUCAUACGAGACACUUCGUAUGUAUGUCGACGCUCUCAAGGAUACCCCGAUCGGUCUCCUUCUAUGCGACGAAGGACAUCGGCUCAAAAACAAAGAAAGCUUGACAUGGAUGGCUUUGAACAGUCUCAAUGUCAGCCGUCGUGUCAUCCUGUCCGGCACACCCAUCCAGAAUGACUUGUCUGAAUACUUUUCCUUACUUCAUUUCGCCAACCCUAAUCUUCUGGGCUCACAGAAUGAGUUCAGAAAGAGAUUCGAAAUCCCCAUUCUUCGUGGUCGGGAUGCCGCCGGCACCGAAGAGGACAGAAAGCUAGGUGAUGAACGUCUGCGAGAGCUGUCGGCUAUCGUCAACAAGUUCAUCAUCCGCCGCACGAACGACAUCUUGUCCAAGUACCUGCCUGUGAAGUACGAGCAUGUGGUUUUCUGUAAUAUGGCCCCCUUCCAGCUGGAUCUCUACAACCACUUUAUCCAAAGCCCCGAGAUUCGCAGUCUGCUUCGAGGGAAAGGCAGUCAGCCGUUGAAGGCGAUCGGCAUUUUAAAGAAGCUUUGCAACCACCCAGAUCUUCUGAACCUGUCCGAGGAUCUUCCUGGUUGUGAACACACUUUCCCGGAGGAUUAUGCCCCUCCAGAAGCCCGUGGACGUGACCGGGACGUUAAGACGUGGUAUUCGGGCAAAAUGAUGGUGCUGGACCGCAUGCUUGCCCGGAUCCGGCAAGACACAAAUGACAAGAUUGUGCUCAUCAGCAACUACACACAAACUCUCGAUCUGUUCGAGAAGUUAUGCCGGUCGCGUGGGUAUGGCAGCCUGCGACUGGAUGGCACCAUGAAUAUCAAAAAGCGAACCAAGCUUGUGGAUAAGUUCAACAACCCGGAUGGCGAAGAGUUCAUUUUCCUUCUCAGUAGUAAGGCUGGAGGAUGUGGUCUCAACCUCAUCGGUGCCAACCGGCUGGUUCUAUUUGACCCCGACUGGAACCCGGCCGCUGACCAGCAAGCCCUGGCCCGCGUCUGGCGUGACGGCCAGAAGAAAGACUGUUUUGUCUAUCGAUUUAUCGCUACGGGAUCAAUCGAGGAGAAAAUUUUCCAACGUCAAUCUCACAAGCAGUCUCUUUCCUCCUGUGUGGUUGACUCCGCAGAGGAUGUUGAGCGCCAUUUCUCUCUUGAGUCUCUACGAGAACUGUUUCAGUUCAAGCCCGAGACUCGCAGUGACACACACGAUACGUUCAAGUGCAAGCGUUGUCGUGAGGAUGGUACCCAAUUUGUCAAGGCGCCUGCGAUGCUUUAUGGCGACACCAGUUCAUGGAAUCACUUUGUCAAUAAUGGGGAGAAUGGUCCGCUGGCUAAGAUUCAGGACUUGCUCAUCCGGCAGGAGACUGGCGAGAGAGAUGUGUCCUCGGUCUUCCAGUAUAUCAGUCAUUAA